AUGGAGACCACACUCUUUGUUUUGUUUUGUUUUAUACCUUCACUAUAUGGAGGACCAAUAAAUAAGCGGUUCUUGGGGCUGUUCGGGAUUUCAAUACCCAACCCAGGGGACCUGUCUGGUCUGUAUAACAUCAAAGUUCCCGGGGAUGCGACUGGUUAUUUAGACAUCUCCCACCAACAGCAGAGCGCAGCUGCAACAGGAACCGGAUAUGUUCAACAUCAGAACCACAACGGUCCCGGAUCCUUUAGUUUACAGUCAGGAAGUUCCAAUAUGAAUUCUCUCCCUGGUAAAUGUGACCAGGUCAUUACGACACACUGUGACAUAGACUGUAGGCAAAUUGACUCCGUGACUGGCUGCGUUACAUGCAAGUCUGGAUGUCGAAACAACAUUCAAGCGACAUCUGGUGGUGGAUCCUCUCUUUCGUCAAUGUCCACAACAGCGUCGCCGAUGUGUCCAGCGUUUCCAAGCACCUGUCCACGAGGCAGUGUGGCCUUAGUCAAUGGAUGUCCUAUUUGUACAGCACAAUUGACAACAACUCAGCAGACCACGACUGCGCAUGCGUCGUCUACCUGUUCUCCAGUGAGGUGCGUUACUCCGUGUAACAAAGGCAUUAUGUUGGGUUCCGACGGCUGUCCAGUGUGUGUCUGCUAA